GAGCACGGAAGCAGACAGGUACAGCGGGUCAAUCUGCGACUCUUCUGUGUGUUUACUUAACUCCACGUACAGUACAUAGGACUAAAUAUAUAUAUAUAUAAAUAUAUAUAUAAGAAAAAAAUAAGAAAAAAUAUAUUAAACUGGACUAAGUGGGUUCGACGGUGUAUCUAUGUCGAAUUCACCGUCAGGACCUCUCCAGAAUCAUCCUAUAAAUCCAGAAUCGCCAAGGAUUUCGGUCAUGACAACAGAAAUGGCGGAUUUCCACGAUAUGUGGCAAGAUAUUGAAAGUGUGUUGUUAGGAGAUAUUCACCCUCACGAACAUGCAAUUAAAGGAAACACCCCAACUGAUAAUUCAUCUCCUAUGACUCGACGUAUUCUACAACCAAAUCAAACAACUCACGGGACCCAGGAGCAAACGGCAAGGUACGAGGAUCUAGCCUUAGAAUUGGAUUUCAUGCUAACAUCAAACACACCUACUCCUACAGGUAAUGUCUAUGUUCACGAUAUUGGUAACUAUGGAAAUGGUAUAAUGCCUCAACCGCCAAAAUCUGAAGUAAACCAUUGUGGUUUAACCAUAACACCCGCCACAUCCCUGAAGAACGAGAACCAACCCGAAAGGUAUCAGAGUUGUAUGGUCCCUCAAUUCGCCACAUCCGGAUGUUGGUCCAACUAUCAACCUCAGACCAUAGCUUCGAGUCAAAUGUCACCUCCGGCAUCGCCGGAUCGUACGGUACAACAGUUGUGCCACAAAACGGGAACCACGAUCGCAGACUCGUACGGUGCUAAUCAUCUAGUAUCGGCACCACCUCAAUAUCAGCAAGUGGGUCAACAGAACCACUUAAGAAUGGUAACCCCGCCAUCAUCUCCUCACUUGGCCGAUCUACUUUCUGGUGCGGCUAACGUGAGACCACCUUACAAUCCUCCUACGAACUAUCAGGGAUUACCCGAUCCUACUAGUAUUGUUCCUCAAACAUCACCUAAACCCAAACGAGGAAGAAGAAAUUUCGGUCGCAAGAAAAUAACAACACACGUCUGUUCUCAUCCAGGAUGCACCAAAACCUACACCAAGAGCUCUCAUCUGAAGGCGCACCUGAGGACCCACACGGGUGAAAAGCCUUAUCAGUGUACGUGGAAAGGAUGUGGAUGGAAAUUUGCUCGAUCUGAUGAACUAACUCGACAUUUUCGCAAGCAUACGGGCGAUAGGCCCUUUCAAUGCAGGCUGUGCGAGAGGGCCUUCUCACGUUCUGAUCAUCUCUCUCUACAUAUGAAAAGACAUACUGCAGUUUAAAAUUGUUCUCUCCUGGAUAAAUAUAGAUUUAAGAAACCAUUCCAAGUGAUGGUUGUACUGUAUAUACUUCUAAAUUUUCGGGUUCUUCAAAAAAAAAUAUGGAGGAUAAAUGCGAUCGGGUGUGUUUAUGCCACAUGUCCCUCCAUCAUGUAUAUAGUCUAUAUAAAUAUAAUUAUAUAUAU